AUUUUCCCUUCUCUUUCUUUCUUUGUCGGUAUCAACGAAAACCAACAAUGGAAUAUUUGCAGGACGUUGGGAUCCGUGUUUCUUGAUCACACAGAACGAUCCAAUUCAGAGUGCCUCCACAUUUUCGCGCGUGAACCUCAUCGCGUUUUUUCCUUCACUGAUUGCAUUUAAUUGCAUGGAAUGGAGGUUUAAAGUUGCAAAGGACGUGUUGUUAUAAUUGUUGUUCUUCUUCUUAUAAUUACUGUUGUGGUGUGGUAGAGGUAUUUGGAAUUUAAAGAUUGAGUGGGAGCGAGAGAAAUGGCUGCCAGCAGUGAGCAAACAGUUCCUCUUUCGGUGCUCCUGAAGCGUGAAUUGGCUCAUGAGAAAAUUGAGAAUCCUGAGAUUGUCCAUGGUCAAGCUGGCCAAAGCAAGAAAGGGGAGGAUUUAACACUGGUAAAAGCAGAAUGCCAAAGGAUGGUGGGGGAUGGGGUGUCUACAUAUUCAGUUUUUGGGAUGUUUGAUGGACACAAUGGAUCUGCUGCUGCUAUUUAUACUAAGGAGAAUCUUCUAAAUAAUGUUUUAAGCGCAAUUCCUCCGGAUCUUAACAGAAAUGAAUGGGUAGCAGCACUGCCCAGGGCUUUAGUUGCUGGCUUUGUAAAAACUGAUAAAGAUUUUCAAGAGAAAGGACAAAAAUCUGGAACAACGGUCACCUUUGUGAUUAUAGAAGGUUGGGUUGUAACAGUUGCAUCAGUUGGCGAUUCCCGUUGUGUACUUGAAUCUUCUGAUGGUGAGAUUUAUUACUUGUCUGCAGAUCACAGGCUAGACACGAAUGAAGAGGAAAGAGUGCGGAUCACCUCUAGCGGUGGUGAAGUUGGUCGGCUAAAUACAGGGGGAGGUGCAGAGGUUGGUCCUUUGAGAUGUUGGCCCGGUGGCUUGUGUCUCUCACGAUCUAUUGGAGAUAUGGAUGUUGGUGAAUUUAUUGUCCCUGUACCGCAUGUAAAGCAAGUGAAGUUGUCCACUGGUGGAGGCCGACUUGUUAUCUGCAGUGAUGGUGUUUGGGAUUCUCUGCCUGCAGAAGUAGCACUUGAUUGUUGUCGUGGAAUGUCACCUGAUGCCGCAGCACCACAUAUUGUUAAAGAAGCUGUACAAGCAAAGGGACUUAGAGAUGAUACAACCUGCAUCGUUGUUGAUGUAUUACCUCAGGAGAAACCACCUGUUUCUGCACCACAAACAAAGAAGCCAGUGAAGGGAAUGCUCAAGUCCAUGUUUCGUAGAAAGUCUUCUGAAUCAUCUUCUUAUAACGACAAAGAUUACGUUGAGCCAGAUGUUGUAGUGGAAUUGUAUGAAGAAGGAUCUGCUAUGCUUUCAGAGAGGUUCCAUACUAAAUAUCCAGUCUGCAACAUGUUUAAGUUGUUUAUGUGUGCAGUGUGUCAAGUAGAGAUAAAACCUGGAGAGGGCAUUUCAAUACAUGAGGGUGAAUCCGACUCCGGAAAAUUUCGUCCCUGGGACGGACCUUUUCUGUGCUCAAGUUGCCAAGAGAAGAAAGAAGCCAUGGAAGGGAAAAGAUCAUCAGGUAGAGUUAGCAGUGGAAGUGACGACUGAACUCUCAUCUACAUUUGCAUUUUGAGAGUGAUAAAAAUUGUUAAUAUGAUGGCAAGGUCAACCAGCGAAGCAAGAAAGAUUCCCUUCUAUUAUCACAGGGGCUUUAUGGAUAUAAUUUGGAAUUCCAAAUGAAAUAGCAUAUGAAAGCCAAUAGCAUCCCGUUAGAAGAUUCUUGACUUGAAAGUAAUGAAAUAGCAACAACCAAGUGUUGUGAAGGGUUGUGUUAAAUGUGGCAGUGCACACCAAGCUGUCCGAGGUAAUGCAUUCUUUUUUAUAUCGUUUUUUUGGGAUCCGUUCAUUUGUAUAUGGAUCUAUUGGAAUCACUAUUGACCUUUAAUGAAAGUGGCCUUUGUUAUUGUAAUGUAAUAUAGGAAGUUUAAUUAGAAUUCAUGGAAUCAAUUUAUUGUAGGCUAGAUGUGUGUUUAAGCCUAUUGAAUGAUUCGUUCCUUCAUCAUUCGAUUUUGACAUUUCCUUUUUC